AUGCACAAAAAAUUAUCUAUUUUAUUAUCAUAGACAAACUGUAAAAAGAUUUAGAUAAUGUGUCUAAAUUCUAAUACAAGCAUGGAUAUUACUUAACUUACUAAUUUACCAAUAAAAUAAUUAUUCUUAUUCUAAAUUAAUUCAUUAUCUAUAUAAUAAUAACUAUAUCAAUAAUUACAUAUGUAGAUAUUAUCAAUGGUUGAAAACAAUAGCAAAAAUAUAGAUGUUAUGAAAAUUAUGGAUACUUUAAAAAUAUUUUCAAAAGGAUUUUAAAAAGCAUCGUAAAAUGAAUUGGAAUUAAGUUAUAAAGAUUGUUAAUUAUAGAAAGCUUAAUAAUUAUUUAGCGGUUAGAUUAAAAAUUUUAAGUAUUAAAACUAAAUAUGAUGAUUUAGAAAUUCAAAAUAUGAAUCUAAAGAUCAAAAUUGAUGAAUCGAAUUAUCAAAAUCAAUUAAAUUAUCUUUAAUUUUAAUUACAAACUAAAUUAAGUGGUGAUUUAUAUCAUAAAUUAACUAAUUAAGAAUAAAGGUUAGAAAUCAUAUUAGAAAGUGAUUUCCAAAAUGAAUCUGAUAAUACACCUAAAAAACAUAUUUAUUGGUAAAUAUGAUAUGAAAUUGUUUGGUUUUUUCUAAUAUUAAGUUGAAAAUUUCAUUAAAUAAAUUUGAGAACAUAACAGAUUUAGUGAAAGAAUGUGAAAGAUAAAAAAGAGAAUUAUAAUUGGAAAAUUAGGAAAUAUUUCGAUUAACUGAAUAAUAUAAAUCAUUUCAACAAUCAGUAAGAUAGGGCUGAAUGGAUUCAAUAAGAUGAUAAAUAAAAUGAUCCAACUAAAAUUAUUAUUCUAUAUUAAGUAUGCAAUAAUCUAGAGCAUAGAAUAAACGAUCUUAAACUAGAAUUUGAUGAUAUCUAAGAAUAAGGAACUCCUGUAUUUACUUAAAAAUUGAUGGAAUCUACUCAGAAAUAAAUUAAGGAAUUCAUUCAACUAGUUAACUUCCUAAUAUUUAUCAUUUAAAAACUUUUCAGAAAAACUUAUAUUAUGCUUAAAUAAUGA